UAAGGUGUCUUUUGUUUGUGCCACAUCAACAUGGAAGCACUCUACAGAAUACCGUUUAACUUUCUUGGAUGCCCAAAUUUAAAGCUUAAGAAGCCAACAUGGUUGCGACAACCCUCUCCUAUGCUUGUAUUCGCAGCAGUUCUCACGUCAUAUUUUCUAGUUACCGGAGGUAUAAUUUAUGAUGUGAUUGUGGAGCCCCCUAGCAUUGGUUCAACAACAGACGAAAGAGGAAACUCCAAGCCUGUGGCUUUUAUGCCUUACAGAGUAAAUGGUCAAUAUAUUAUGGAGGGGCUGGCGGCCAGCUUCCUAUUCACUUUAGGAGGUCUAGGUUUUGUUAUACUAGAUCAGACAAAUAAGCCACUUAUGCCUAAGUUAAACAGAAUACUGCUGAUCUGUGUUGGUAUAGCUGCUGUCGUCAUUGCAUUCUUUACUUGCAGAGUUUUUAUGAGAAUCAAAUUACCUGGCUACAUGCAGUCCUAGAAGAAAGUUCAAGAUUUAGUUUCACCUGUUUGUCUUUGUUUCACUGUUUUGUUUGCUGUAUGCUUUACAGUUUUGUUUGUAGAUUUGCUUGUAAUGCACUUUCUGUUUUAAGUUAACAAAUUGAUAAGGUUUACAAAUAGAUGAUGAGCAUGAGGGAGUGAUUGAUUGAGUCUCAGUGCGUGAAUCCAAGUGCUGUACAUGUGGACUUCUAUACAAAUAAAUGAAUUUAACAUAA